ACUUUAAUUAAAAUUGCUAAAGCUCCUCUUUUUCUUUUUUUUAAAGUCAGUGCAUUUUGUUCUUUCUGCUUUUAGCCUUGCUUGCUGAACAGACCUUCCUUGCAGUGGCUGGUGGGAAUCUCGUGUCCAUCCUUCAUGUGACAGUGCUGGGGUAGCAAAAAGGCCCAGCGAAGGAGAAAGAAUGGGAAGAGAGGGCUGGCUUUGGACUGGGCUUGCCAUGGUCCUGGCAGCGACUGGCACUGAGAGCUUCUCAAGCCCAGGGUGCAGCGGGUGCUCUGUGGAGGUGAGGAUCCACACCGUGUCCCAUCUCGCCUCCCGUGUCCAGCCGGUCUACCAGCCCUACCUCACCUGGUGUCCUGGAAACAGACUCUGCAGCAGAUACAGGACCACCUAUAAAGUCAGCCAUCGCCAGGUUUACCGGAAGAUUUCCCAGCCGGAAUACGUUUGCCCCCUCGAGCGGAAGUGGGGAAGCACUUUCUCUAGGCUCGGAUGUCCCACAGCAGCCCUUUGCCGCCCACUGUGCCAACCCAGCAGGAAAUGUUUGCUCCUGAACAACUGUGCCUGUCCUCCUGGAUGGGUGGGAAGGUGUUGCCAGACAGACAUGGACGAGUGUGUGGCCGGGAGACACGGGUGCAGCCAGCUCUGCAUCAACGUGGCUGGGAGUUACAGCUGCGCCUGCCAUCCAGGGUACGAGCUCCAGGCGGAUGGAAGAGCUUGCCGGGCUCUGGAAGUGCCCCCCACCCCUGCUCCCCCAGGAAGUGACAUCCUUGCAGUUCAAGAUGAAGUGGGAGAGCUGAGAAGCAGAUUGGCAGCUUUGGAAGAAAAGUUUCAGCACACUUUGGCACCGCUGCUCAAGCUGGGCCUGCCGGGCACCGAAGAAGGCCCCGGGGCAGAACCCCUUAGCCUGUUUGUCCACGUGAUGCAGCAGCUGGACCGAAUAGACUCGCUCAGUGAGCAGAUCUCUUUCCUGGAGGAACAGCUGGAAACCUGUAGGUGGCCGGACGGACCCUCCUCCCUCCCCCUUCCCCCCUCCACUCACUUUCCAGAUUGACUGCCUGUGCACAGA